AUGGCCGCUGGAGACGGCGAGCCGGUGCUACAGUCAAAGAGCGUGUGCGUGGUUGGUGGCGGCAUGGCCGGCCUAGCGGCGGCGCGCGAGCUGCGGCGGGAGGGUCACGCCGUCACGGUCAUGGAGCAGAGCAGCGACGUCGGCGGGCAGUGGCUGUACGAUCCCAGGACCGACGUCGAGGACCCGCUCGGCGCUGUAGCGCCGGUGCGCGUGCCCAGCAGCAUAUACUCGUGCCUCCGCCUCAUCAGCCCGCGGGAGGCCAUCGGCUUCUCUGACUUCCAGUUCCUGCCCAGCCAAGGCGCCGGCCGUGACCCGCGCCGCUUCCCCGGCCACCGCGAGAUGCACUGCUACCUCCAGGACUUCUGUGACGCGUUCGGACUCAUGGACGCCGUCAGGCUCAACACCCGGGUCCUGCGUGUCGCCCUCGCGGCCAUGUCGACGUCCAAGGCCAAGGCAACACAUAGGUGGGCGGUGAGGUCCGUGCGGCGUCUCCACGGCACGGAUGAAUAUGAUGAUGAUGCGGAGGAGGACGAGGAGUUGUUCGACGCCGUGGUGGUGGCUACCGGCCACUACGCGCAACCGAUGCUCCCGAGCGGCAUCCAGGGCAUGGGGGAAUGGAGGCGCCGGCAGCUGCACAGCCACUCGUACAGGACGCCGGAGCCGUUCCGCGGCGAGGCCGUGGUGGUGGUAGGGGGCGGGGACAGUGGCAAAGACAUUGCUUUGGACCUCUGCCACGUCGCCAGGGAGGUGCACCUCGCCGCCAGCUCCGAGGUCGCCACGCCGGCCAUGUUGAGGAUGCUGGCCAACCACGGCGACGUCUUGCGCCUGCACCCGCGGAUACGCCAGCUACAUGCGGACGGGCGCGUGGAGUUCGCCGACGGCUCCUCUGUCGUGGCCGACACGGUCAUCUACUGCACGGGGUACGCCUACUCGUUCCCUUUCCUAGACACGGGCGGCGCAGUCACCGUGGGGGACAACGGCUAUGUCGUCGGGCCGUUGUUCGAGCACGUGUUCCCCCCGUCCCUGGCGCCGACGCUCUCCUUCGUGGGCGUGCCGAGGAAGAUCCCGAUCCCAUGGUUCUUGGAGGUGCAGGCGCGGUGGGUCGCGCAGGUGCUGUCCGGCCGCCGCGAGCUGCCGCCGGAGGAGGAGAUGCUGCGGUGCGUGGAGGAGAACCUCUGCGCCAGGGAAGCCGCCGGUGUGCCAAGGAAGCUCACGCACAACAUCGGUGGCAUUGAACCUCACGCAAUAUUCGAGUUCGGGGAGAAGUAUUGUGACAUCGCACCGCUCGAGGAGUGGAAGAAGGAGCUCAUGGUGUCCAGCGUCGUGAGCAUGAUGGACGACGUGGAGACCUUCCGUGACCUCGCCAAUGACAGCGAGAACGUGCACAAGGGCCUGCAGGAAUGGCGCUUGGGUGCUGCUGCUCUGCUCAAGGUCAAGCAAAACCGGCCAAUAACUACUCCCGUAGACACUGAAGGUGAUGGCCUUUAG